UUACCCCCAUGUGCGAAACGUGGCACACUGUAUGGGACAUUUAUUCAAACAGCGGCCUCGCUAUAGGCGACGCCAACAGCCAUUGAUACUGGUUUACACCAGCUUUCAAAUUUUUGUGCAAUUCUUUGUUGUUAGCACUAGCUUCUCUAUCUCAUCGGGAAUCAGCGUGACGAUCGAGAAUAUCACGAGACCGUAUCUUUUCAACAGGGAAUCACCACCUCUCUCAAUAGCAGGGACGUGCGGAGCCGAGGCGCGCAUAAAACUGACCGGCGCUUCGGCAGGUGCUACUAGUCUCUCGUCUGACGUGGUUCGCGACAAAUGUUCGAUACGUGCGAGGAACAAUCGCGCGACACUCGAGAACGGGCAUACGUGAGGAAAGGUUGUUGCGAUCGAGAGGACCGAUUUUUUGUCAAAGUGGAGCGAUUUUCCGAACGGUAGCGGAAAUAAAACUCAGGAGCAUUCCGGCAUCAUGAAUAUCGAUGAGUUCCGUAUCCACGGCAAGGAGAUGAUCGAGUACAUCUGCGAAUACAUACGUACGUUGGAGGGAAAACGGGUAACGGCGAACGUCGAUCCCGGCUAUCUGAGACCUUUAUUGCCGAAGGAGGCGCCUGUCAAGCCGGAAUCAUGGGACGCCAUCAUGAGGGACGUCGAUGGCAAAAUAAUGCCCGGAAUCACUCACUGGCAGCAUCCGCGAUUUCACGCUUACUUCCCGUCUGGCAAUUCGUUCCCCUCAAUCCUGGGUGAUCUGCUGUCGGACGCGAUCGGCUGCAUCGGUUUCUCAUGGGCGGCCAGUCCGGCCUGCACGGAGCUUGAGACCAUCGUGCUGGACUGGUACGCCAAGGCGAUCGACUUGCCGUCCGAGUUCCUGUCGGAGCAGAAAAGCGGCGGCGGCGUGAUCCAAGGUUCAGCCUCCGAGUGUAUCCUGGUGACGAUGCUCGCGGCGCGCACGCAGGCGAUCAAGAUGUUGAAAGAGCAGGAGCCGAACAAGGAGGACUCGGCGUUUCUGCCGCGUUUGGUGGCCUACUGCUCGACUGAAUCGCAUUCGUGCGUGGAAAAGGCGGCGAUGAUCAGUUUAGUGAAGCUACGAGUACUCGAGCCAGACGACAAAGCUGCGUUGCGUGGAAAACGACUCGAGUCGGCUAUAAAGGAGGACGUGGCAAACGGUCUGGUACCGUUUUACGUUUCCACCACUUUGGGCACCACCGGCUCCUGCGCAUUCGACAAUCUCGUGGAGAUCGGGCCCGUGUGCAAACUGUAUCCCAAUAUCUGGCUGCACGUAGACGGCGCUUACGCCGGUAAUGCGUUUAUUUGUCCGGAGAUGAGGCCGUUCAUGGCCGGCAUCGAGCACGCAGAUUCUUUCAACACAAAUCCCAACAAGUGGUUGCUGGUAAACUUCGACUGUUCCUGCUUGUGGGUGCGCAAUCGAUUAAAGCUCACGUCCGCGUUGAUCGUCGAUCCGCUUUAUCUUCAGCACGCGCGCUCAGGCGAGUCAAUUGACUAUCGUCACUGGGGUAUUCCGCUCAGCAGACGAUUUCGAGCGUUGAAGCUGUGGUUCGUCAUGCGAUCGUACGGUAUCAGUGGCUUACAGAAGUACAUCAGAAAUCACAUCAGGCUGGCGAAGCGGUUUGAGGCGCUAAUGAAAAAGGACAGGCGGUUUGAGAUCUUGAACGAUGUGCGAGUUGGCUUGGUGUGCUUCCGUUUGAAGGAGAGCGAGGAGAUGAAUCAAGAGCUAUUGGCUAACAUCAACGCGUCCGGUCGGAUGCAUAUGAUACCGGCACGCGUGAUGGGCGAAUAUAUUCUGCGUUUUUGCGUGACAAAGGAGGACGCGACUGAAGAGGACAUUGAUUACGCUAUCAGCGUCAUCGGAGAACAUGCUACAGAAGUGAUGCUGGCUCACUACGAGGGCACGGAAGAAGAAUACAGAGCGAAGGGCCCAAAGAGUCCGGCCGCUUUGGACAAGAAACUUGUUCGGAAAUUCAGCUUCACCAGAAGCGUCACCAGAGACGUCUACAAGAGAUCUAUCUCGAAAUCCAGCCUGCAUGACGGCGCGACGCCCAUCAUGGUCGUCGAUGACAACACGCAGGUCGAUACCAUCGAUGACGAUCGCUUCUGCAACAGCAGGUUGUGACGAUGUCGGUGACGAUCGCCGGCGCCGACUCGGGACGACGCAGAUGACAGUAAAAAGGGUCCCCGUUACACAGCCGUGUGAUCCGGAAUUUUUGAUGGCCCGUUGUCGUUACCACUUACUUUUUCCCGAAGUCGCGUUUUGUCGAUAACGACCGUCUGUUAUUGACGACAUCACGUGAGUAUUUAGCCAAGUCAUUCGUCUCCGAUCAAAUUUGAGCGUUUUCAGCCAAGAUGAUCGUUAUGUAAGAUGAAUCAGUUGUAUAUUUUUUUCGAGUGACUCAUGGCAACAAAUUGUGCGUUAAUAGCGCGCGCAAUGCGAAGCCGAAGCUUUGUGGUAAAGUGUAUGAUCUCUUAGAGUAUUUUCAACAGUUUGUAAUUUAUGAUGGAUCGUAGAUGGUCUAAAAUGGGUUUAGAGGCGACUGCGCGUAUAAUAAUUGACGUAGUCGUGAUUUAUUUUGAUAUAUACAUGUCUGUAUAGGCGAUAGAGAAAAAUGAAUCAAAAUAUGUACAUAUGUAAUACUUUACGUGAUAAUGACUGCCGAUGUACGCACGGACUCUAAUAGUUUUAUACAAAAUACUAAUUAAGAGAGAGUGUGUGUAUCGAUGUAGAUUUACGCGCGUGAAUUACCAGCAAAUGUGACUAUGCUGAUCCUGAAGUAUACCAUUAAAAAUUGUAUUUUUGUUGAUCCUAUAAUUAAAAUUACGAAGAGAGAUGCGUUAAUGCGUGUUAAUUACUUAUAUAUUUAGAGAGUACUUAAGUUUUGGAUAUGUGACAUAAGGUUUUCUAUUUGAUCUCAAUUUGAAAAAAGAACUGGAAAAACUAAUUGAAAUAUAUUGCUUAAUAUAUUAUCGAUUGAAAUUUAAGUCAUGUUAAAUGAUGUGAUAUCUAGUAAUUUACGUAAGAAAAAUAUUCCCGAAAUUAAGUUUACAAUUAAAAAGUAUUGUGCUAGCAUUGAAAUUCUAUAUAGAAAAAAAAACUAUUUUUGUUUAGAAUUCAGAGAAGUGUGAAAACAAGGUCAAUGUGUUAAUUCACAUAAUUCUAAUUGGACAAUUUUUCUAUAACUGAUAUCUCAUCGACCAAUAAAAUAAAGUAAAUUUCAGUAUAAAGUAGAUAUAGAUAAUUCUUGUAAUAAGAAAUAAGUGCAAAAAUUAUAAUAUUUGCAGAAACAAAUACAUUUAUGGUAAUUUUACAGUUUGAGUCUUUUCAGGUCGAUGUUGAUACUAGCAUAUAGAUGUAUAUGUACAUUUUACAUGGAUAUAGCUGAUUUGUAAACAUCAAUUUGUAAUAUCAAACAAAUCCGAUUACAAACAUCGUAUAUAGAAUGAUUAUAAAAGUAUU